AUGUUUUAUAGAGGCUUAAUUACUCGACGUGCCUUUUCCCGACCUAUUCUCACAAUGUCCAACCAGCUUGUUCCGACCCAGGCUCGCGCCAACUCCUCAAAAUCAACCUCUGACGAGGAUCUGGGCCUCCCUGCUCCUGGCGAAGGAACACCAACGACGCUUGAUGUCAGUGGUGAAGGCACUACUGUCAAGCUCUCCGAUCUUGGACCUAUUGUCGUCAAUGUAGACGGGACCAUUGCCCGCAUUUCGAACUGGGCUCAGAUGGCAGACAUUGAGCGUGAGACGACGGUGCGCAUGAUUGGCAAACGAAACAAGCAACGGCUGGACGCUCUCAAGAAAGCUAAAGCGGAGGAAGAAGCCAAGAAUGCUGGAAAAUAA